AUGGCUGCAUUGCAGGCAUUCAAUCUAGGCACAGUUGUCAUGUGGGACAUGAUUUCGAAUUUGCACUCUACCUCAAUCGGAACUGAAAUGUACAUGAACUAUGUGUUAUGGGCAUUUAAACCUACAAUAGAAGGCUUCAAGUACUGUCGUUUAGUGAUAUGCAUUGACGGCACACACUUGUACAGGAAAUACGAAAGCAAGAUUGUUGCGGCCACUGCAGUGAUUGCUGCUGACAAGGUUAUACCUCUUGCCUUUGUCGUUGUUGACAAGGAGAUGAUUGAGAGUUGGGAAUUUGGGACAAUCCAGCAGUGCAACCAAGAGGGUACCAUAGGUAUUGCUUGCGACACAUAUAUAGCAAUUUCAAUGAAAGAUUCGACAAUACAGUAG